GUGGCCCGUCGUCAGCAAGCAGCUCAGCAUCUCUCUCUCUCGGUGUCUCGGCGGCGCCGGCUUCAGUCGAUGGCGCCGAACGAUGCUGCGAAGACCUGCUGCUCGUCCGCGUGAAUAAAAAACGGAAAACAACAUGGGGUGCUCAAACAGCAAGAGCAAGAACAAAGCCACCCUCAACCGGCUGUCGCAAUACCAUUUGGCGGCAAUGGAAGAGUCGGAGGGACUGGUGAAAUCGCCAAUGCCGCUGGAAGAUGAUCUGGACGCUCAGACAGAAUUGAUGCCAGUGAAGACGCUGCACAACAUCUUCUACGACGGCUUUUAUGCGCCGUACGUGCGCAACCCGGACUACCUGCUUAUCGUGGACAUGCGAGCGGACGAAAACCUUUUCAAACAGGAGCACAUCCUCACGGCCAAGUGGCACGGAAACGUGGACAAUCUGAAACUGCCUCCGGAUGCUGAGAAAGACCCUCUACAGCGUUACUGGCACAUCAUUCUGUACGACGCGGAUGGGUCUUCCCUCGGACGUCCUGAAUCGGACAUGAGGCGCCUCUUCCGAAGCCUCCGAGACCGCAAACUGGAGCCCUGUUGCUUGGAGGGCGGUCUCAGGGCCAUUCGGGAAAAGUGUCCAUACUUGCUGAACCGACGAUCCAACCGAACAGAAACGUCUGACCAGGGCGGCUUCCGGUUGCUAUCCUGGUUCCCCUCCAUCAUUCUGGACGGACGACUCUUCCUCGGCCGAAACGACCAAGCGUCUGACCCUACCGUGCUCCACGAUCUAGGAGUUUCCCACGUCAUCUGCACCACUAAAGCACCCAGCAGUCCGCGGGACACGUCGGACAAAGUACGGACACUGUUGGCGCCACCAUCGCACCUAGAGGCAAAGUUCAAACGCAAGUCGCGCGGCCCCUCCUGUCUGAGUCACGCGUCCACGGACACUCUGGACGACCCGGCGGUCACCAGCAACCUGCUGACGGACAAAAUGUCAGAAAUGGUUCAGUUUGUCCGCGAGGCCUUUGCUGCCGGAGGAAAGGUUCUGGUGCACGGCGAGCUGGGCGUGGACAGGAGCGCCGCCCUGGUGAUGGCCCUGCUGAUGCAGCAAUGCUCGUGCUCCCUCGAAGACGCCUUUUACCAUGUCAAGGCGUGUCGACCCACCGUCCAGCCCUCAGACGUAAUGCUGCAGGCGCUGGCCAAGCUCGAGGCAGAGAUUUUCGGCAAGAGACUCACCAGCAUCGAAGACCUCUGCUAUUAAGAGCGGAUGUAAUAAAAAGAGAGUAUACGCUGGACUCACUAGUCAGUUUCUAUCGUGUAAACACAUUUUGAGAGAACAGAAAAUAAUCAUGGAGUUGAAUCGUCUAAUAAGAUAUUUUGAGUUAAAUGCAUUCUUAUUUUAGAACUUUAGCUAUAAACACAAGUGAUGCUAAGAAGUCGACGACCUCUUUAUCUGGUCAUCUUUGAAUUGUACCCUUUCUUGGUUUUGUAUUUCUUGCCAGUAUAUAUAAUCAUGUGUAUAUGGAGUAAAUGUCAAGAAUAUGAUUUAUAAUAUCCAUAAUAAAAUAAAUAUUCAUAAAUUG